UUCAACAGAAUGAAGCACUGCUCCAUUCCUUGCCAGCCUCACAGCUGUCCUGCUUGAACCAUAUCAGUUUAGAAUGUAAUAACUCAAGGACUUGAUUACACAGUGAAGUACUAUAACAGCUGUCUCUGUGCUGCCCAGGAUCUGUCCUCAAAUGGGUGACAACUUUAUGGCCUUGAUUCAUCCUCGUAUCAUAAUGGACAGGCUGGAAAGAAGGAUUUGCCCGACUGUGUAGGUGUAUGAUAUUCAAGCAGGAAACGCUGUCCAAGAAAACAAAAAUUAUGACCUCAGCAUCUAAAGGGAUUCUCCGCCCAUUUGUGCUCAUCUGCAUUAUCCUGGGCUGUUUCAUGGCGUGUCUGCUCAUUUACAUCAAGCCCACCAGCAGCUGGAUCUUCAGCCCAAUGGAGUCCGCCAGCUCAGUCCUAAAAAUGAAGAAUUUCUUCUCCCCCAAAACGGAUGCUUUGAAUGAAACUAUCAUUCUGAUCUGGUUAUGGCCCUUUGGGCAGACCUUUGACCUCACGUCCUGCCAGGCGAUGUUCAACAUCCAUGGAUGCCGUCUCACAACGGACCGUGCUCUGUACAACAAGUCCCAUGCCGUCCUGAUCCACCAUCGAGAUAUCAGUUGGGAUUUGACCAAUUUACCUCAGCAGGCUAGACCUCCCUUCCAAAAGUGGAUUUGGAUGAAUUUGGAGUCACCAACUCACACUCCCCAGAAAAGUGGGAUUGAACAUCUCUUUAACCUGACUCUGACCUACCGCCGGGACUCGGAUAUCCAAGUGCCUUACGGCUUGCUGACGGUGAGCACCAGCCCCUUGGUGUUGGAAGUGCCAAGCAAGGAGAGGCUGGUGUGCUGGGUCGUCAGUAACUGGAACCCGGAGCAUGCCAGAGUCAAGUAUUACAAUGAGCUAAGCAAAAGCAUUGAGAUCCAUACCUAUGGGCAAGCGUUUGGAGAGUAUGUGACCGACAAAAAUUUGAUUCCUACCAUAUCUACCUGCAAAUUUUAUCUUUCCUUUGAAAACUCAAUCCACAAAGAUUACAUCACCGAAAAGCUAUACAAUGCUUUACUGGCUGGCUCUGUACCUGUUGUGCUGGGGCCGUCUAGGGAAAACUAUGAGAAUUAUAUUCCAGCAGAUUCGUUCAUUCAUGUGGAAGAUUAUAACUCUCCCAGUGAGCUAGCAAGGUAUCUGAAGGAAGUUGACAGAAACAAUAAGUUAUAUCUUAGUUAUUUUAACUGGAGGAAGGACUUCACCGUAAAUCUUCCACGAUUUUGGGAAUCCCAUGCAUGCUUGGCUUGUGAUCAUGUGAAAAGGCAUCAAGAAUAUAAGUCUGUUGGUAACUUGGAAAAAUGGUUUUGGAAUUAAUCUUUCCCAUGAUUUUUCACACUUGCUGGAAUAUUUUGCUGAGAUAUGAUGCAAAUUUUUAAGAUAAGAAGAGAGACAGCAAUCUGAAUUUUAGUCACAAUUUAUUUUUAUCACGCUGUUGGAUAACAUGUAUAUUUUGAUGGAAGUUUUUAAGAGUUCAGCAUUAGCAAUCAUUCCAUUUGAUUCUAAAUUAUCCUGUAUAUACCUAAUUAUGUGUGUUGAAAAUAAUUUAUUCUUCGCUAUCAUUUUCAAACAAUUGCUUUUCUCCACA